GUAACUUUGUGAGGAGAGUCACCGUGACCCGUCGACUUAAAGAGUUUAAAAAAAUACACAAUGAGUGAUUCAGAACAGAAACAAGAGGCUGAAAAUGUGUCUGAGCCUCAGUGGCCUGAGAAUGGAGGUGAGUGGAGUGAUGGAGAGGACGCGACCACCAUGGACUGUGGACUCCUGCAGGCCAUGGCCGAGGAGGAUGAGGAGAUAAAUGUCUACAAUGAAGAAACCUUUGGAAUGGAUCUCGAUGCACAUGGGGCCACAGACGGCCCCAGCGGCAAUCUCCUUCAAUUCGGAGAGCCGCUGCCUCCGACACCAACACCGCCAGCACCACCAGACCCCAAACCUCCGUCUCCACACAGUUCCCCCUCCCCACCCAGACAGAGGCCUCAGUAUCUGCCCCGGGCUCCCCCUAGACAGAGUGGCAGAGGUAGGGGACAGAGGGGAGGGCUGGGCAGGGGGCAGAUGUUUGAAGACCCAGCUGUGAUGAGGAUAGUGGAGGGGCGCCCAAGCCUCAAGAGCCUUGACAGCGCCAUAGUGGACUGUGGGAAUGCCAUGUAUCAGAAAAUGUUUGAGGAUGAUUGGAUGGCACCCACUUACAGAAAAACCAGACGAAUCUCUGGAUCACUACUUCAGGACAGUGCUAUAGUUUGUGUGAUUGAUGGUCACGGAGGCAGAGGUCAGCACCUGACCUCCAACUUCCUGGAUUUGCCAUAUCCUGUCUCUUCCUUCAGGGGCAGGAGAGGGGAACCCAGAGGACCCUACUCCAGGAGACAUUUUGGCCAAAGAGGCCCCUCUCAGAUUCAUGCACCAAUGAUACCAGGAUCGCCCAUCUUCUCACGUCAACCUUUGACUCCGCGGCGUCAUUACAACCAGACAGGGGGCUUCAUGUUUCCUUCGAACCGCCCUUGCCCCUCCACUCCUCAGUCUCUGACUCCUAAGAUGAUGCAGCUUCGCUUUGGUGCUAACUCACCCAGACCGUCCCCCUUUUACAGUCCGUCGUCUAAUCCAGUGCAGCACUUCAGGUACCCCGGUCCUGUCACCCAGCUCCACCCCCAACACAAACGAUUACUCAGUCAAAAACAACGUUCCUUCCAAAGAAAAGCAGAGGGCUUGGAUCCGUACUGUAAUCUAAUGACAGCCAAAGAGAAGGAGUGGAUCACCAGGCUGCAGAUGAUUCAGCUGCAAAGUGAGAAUCCUUACUUGGAGGACUAUUAUUACCAGGAGUACUAUCGACGAAUGGAGGCCAAGAUGGCUGAGGAGGAGCUCGGCAUCAGGAGCAAGAGGGAGCCACUGAAGCUCACCACACCUUACAUCACAAAGACUGACUCCUACACACCAGUGGUGCACAUUGAAGGCUCUUUGGGUCAAGUUGCUGUGUCCACAUGUUACUCUCCUCGUCGUGCCAUCAGUGCAGUUCAUGCAGUCCAAGCUCAGAGUCCACUUGAGGAACAAAAAGACACCAGACAACAGCGGUUAGAGGUCCUCAGCAAAAUAGAAAAGCUGUUCAUAGAUCUGUUGGAGGUGGAGGAGACGGAAAGGAUGAAAACCACCGUUUUAUCUGAAGCAGAAGAACGAAGGCUGAUGGAGAAGACCCAGAGGAAGGUGGAGCACAUCUACUCCCAGCUGCAACACCAUGACCCUCUAGAUUCAGGAGGAGAGUUUCUUCCUUUCCUGCUUGUCUCAAAAGGCAAAAAGCUACUCGCCCGUCUGCUCCCGUUCCUGAAACAUGACUCUGCGCUGAAAAUCUUGCGUAUUGUGACCUCUAACCUGCCUACGCUGAUGAGCAGAGAUGCAGAAGAGGCACUUCCUGUUCUCUACCCACCCCUUCGAAAUGUGAUCGGAGGACUUACGUUCAGUCAGCUCAUUUGGGUCCUCAAAGAUCUGACAUCAUCUGAGUCUCUGUCGACACACGAGAGCCUUACGCUGGCAUGUCAGAACAAGUUCGGGCUGUCCUUACUGUAUGCUCUCCUGUCCCAAGGAGAAAAGCUGCUGUCUUCAGGUGUUCCUCUCCAGCCCAGUAUCGGUGACUUUGAGACCUGGACUGACACAAUAUUCCAGGUGGCGGGACAGCUGUCCCAGUGUUCGCUGGUGGAGCCGCUCAUUCUGCCCUCAAACCUGCUCACUCUCUUCUGCCGUUACCUGGACAAGCGUACUGUGCAUCAGCUGAAAAGCAACAUGGAGUCUGCAACUGGAUUCCUGGCUCUUCCAUCUUAAGGUGGACAGGAGCUAAUGAGAGGUUCAGAUAAUGACCAGGUUGUAGUGAGCACUAGAGUGAAAGGAGCACAUCCCUGACAAAAACCCCUCAGUGUUCAUUACAACAGAAGCUAUGUUAUGUACUCUGUACUGUGCUGAAAAUAAUUUGAUUCUUAUUCUUUUCCGCCCCUCCCCCUCAUCCCUUCACGUUUUUUGCACUCUCAAACUGUUUCCCUUUUUUAUUUCUAUAUCUUUAUCUGAUCUCUUUACUUUCCUCCCUUUGGUCUCCAGUAGGUUACGUCAGUGCGAGUUACUCAGAAAUUACAAACUGGUGGUUGUUGUUUUGUUUUUGUUUUUUUUUGCUUUUUUAAACUUUCAGAUGUUGAUCAUGUCACAAGAUUUAUUUAUUUCCAACAGUAUGAUCUAAAAGCCAGUCACAUGUAAGACAAGACAUUUCAGAUAAAUCGAAUGCGUUAAGAUAAUGGCGACCAGGUUGAGGAUUGUAUAGUAAUUUAUGAUUGUACAGUUGAACCUUAUAAUAACCAUUUAAGGAAGUUGUCAUGGCCAUCAACGUGAGCCAUACAAUUUUGGGUUUUUGUGGAAAAAAAAAAAAAGCAUUGUGUACACGUCGCGAUACUAAAUGUGAUGUAUUUGAUGUAAUUUUCCAUCUUAGAUGUUUCAGUUGUAAAGAGAUUUUUAUUUGUUGUGUUCAUUUGGAAACAGGAAUAAUUUAAAUUGCACCCUUGUAGAGCACU